UAAAGAAAUAGCCUAUUUACGUCGCACUUAGGACAAGUUAGUUUUGACUGCCAUUUCAUAAAAAAUUCUUUGUAAUUGGAUUAACUGAUUUGUUCGAAUAGAAAGUUGAAGAUGAAAAAUGGAAUAUAUUAAAAAUUUCUUUGUCAAUAUAUAUCCAAGUUUAAUGAUCACAAUAAGCGUAAAAUUAUAAAAAUGUUAAGAAAACUUAGUAAUCUGUUACAAAUUUUUGUUCCUGGUCAAAAAGUAAGCAAGCGAUAUCUAAAUUUUAUACCUGUUGUUGUAGAACAAAGUGGAAGAGGAGAACGUGCAUAUGACAUUUACUCGCGUCUUUUAAAAGAAAGAAUUAUUUGUUUAAUGGGCCCGAUCACAGAUAAUGUAUCUUCAGUAGUGAUAGCUCAACUUCUAUUUCUUCAAUCAGAAAAUAGUAAAAAUCCAAUUCAUAUGUAUAUUAACUCACCUGGUGGAAGUGUCACAGCUGGACUUGGUAUAUAUGAUACCAUGCAAUAUGUUCUACCUCCUGUUGCAACAUGGUGUGUAGGACAAGCAUGCUCAAUGGCAAGUUUAUUAUUGGCAGCAGGAACAAAGGGUAUGCGCCAUUCAUUGCCUAAUGCAAGAAUUAUGACACAUCAGCCAUCAGGAGGUGUAUCUGGUCAAGCUACUGACAUACAGAUACAAGCUCUAGAAAUAUUAAAGCUUAAAAAGCAAAUUAAUAAUUUAUAUGUAAAACAUACAGGUUUAGAUCUGGAAAAAAUAGAACGAUGUAUGGAAAGGGAUAAUUUCAUGAGUCCUAAAGAAGCAAAGGAAUUUGGAAUUAUAGACAAAGUACUAUCACAUCCAAUGCAAGAAGAUGAACCAGAUAGCACAAAAAUGCCUAAAGCUGUUCUUGAAAUUUCCACUCAACCUUAAUUAGGAUUAAAUAAAAUAUGCUUAAAAUUAUGAAAUUUUAUUAAAACAUGUAUUUAUCAAUAUUUAAAAAUAGUAAUAAAAUAUUUUUAAAACAAUUUAUAUCAUGUAUAUAACUUUAAGUAUAGCAAAUGUGUCCAUGUUUUGUAAAUAUUAUGUAAAUAUAUAACAUAGAAUAAUGAUUUCAUAUAAAUGAUGAACAUAAAUGUAUUGAUGAAAAAUCAAUCAUAUCACUUAUAUAUUAUUCAUCAGGCAAGCAAUAUAUCACCAAGCAUUCUCGCAAUAUGCUAAAGAUAUAUGAUGCUAUAAUUAUAGGAAAAACUACAUGAAAUUAUGGAAGACAAGAUUUUGUACCAAAAUAUACUUAUAUAAUAUACAAUUAAUAAUUAAUUUUGACUCAAAUGAUCUAUUUUGUAUGUAUCGCAGUUUAUAAUGGCAGUCACGCGCUUAAAGCAUUCUUAAAAAUAAAAUUUAUAAUUUUA